AUCGGCGAUGCAUUCGCAGGGUACCACCUCGGGAUACUGAACACAGCACUUUUCUGGGUCACCAAAGAUCUGGGCCUGGACUUCACCAGCCAGGGAGCAGUGGUGGUGUCUGCAGUGGUGGUGGGCGCAGUUGUGGGCUCCCUCUUUGCUGGCCAGGCUGCAGAUGCGCUGGGACCCAAGAAGGCGUUGCUGAUCAACAAUGCAUGGCUCCUGGUGGGGACAGCUCUCCAUGCUCCUGUGGCUUGCCAUGCAGGCCGUGCUUUGGCAGGAGUGGGAGCGGGAGCGGCUUCACUGUAUGUCCCUCGGUACAUCUCGGAAGUUGCACCCAUCUCCAUCAGGGGCGCUCUGGCCACACUGAACCAGGCAUUCAUCUGCGUUGGAAUUUUGGUGGCAUACCUGGUGGGCUUGCCUUACCAGCACAACAAGCCUCAGACUGUCGUCGUGGGGUCCCACCUUGUCUCCUGGUGGCGCGUCAUGUUCCUCUUCGGCAUGAUCCCUGCAUUUCUGCAGGCAGUGGGAUUACUGUUCACGCCGGAGAGCCCAGUGUGGCUGAACUGGAAGGGCAGGCGGGCCACGGCCCUCUACAAUGAGCACCGGCUCUUGGGGUCUCUGUGGCGGGAAGAGGGUGAGGUGGACCAGACAUCCAACCUGGAGGAGCCUCUGCAAGGCGAGGAAGCUGCAGAGGGUGGAUGGGGCUCGCUGCUGAAGAGGCGCUAUAGGAGAAUCAUGAUCCUGGCCGCUGCCCUCCCCAUUCUGCAGCAGGCAUCAGGCAUCAAUACCGUUGUGUUCUACUCCUCAGAUGUCUUUGCAAAGGCAGGCCUGGAUUCACCCGUCCUGGGCAGCAUCAUAGUGGGGUCAGUCAAUGUUGCUGGUACCCUGCUGGCAGCCACGCUGAUGGACAGGGCGGGCCGUCGCCAGCUGCUGCUCACCAGCCACAUUGUCAUGGCCGCUUGCCUCUUUGCGCUCGCUAUCUCAACAUAUUUGCCAUUGUCAAGGGUGGUGGAGGGAGCAGUGUCAUUGAUCGCAGUGAUGGGCUUUGUGCUGGGCUUCUCAAUUGGCAGUGGGCCCAUCCCCUGGGUGUAUCUGCCCGAGGUGCUGCCCAAUGAGAUCAAGGGCCCCGCCGCUGCGCUGUGCACCAGCCUCAACUGGCUCAGCAACCUCAUCGUGGGCCUCACCUUCCCAGCAAUGCUCGCCCUGUUGCACCUCGGCGGCGCUUACCUGGUCUACGCU